AUGAUAAAGCACUCGAUUUUCAACCAACAGCUAACCCCCAACAUAAGAGUGGAGGUAGUUUACGAAUCAAAUCCCUUCUACGCUGGUGAGUCUGUGUCUGCUAUCAUCAGGUUUCGCCAUCUUGGAAAGGAACACAACACCACAACUCAGUCUUCAUUGCCAGAAACAAGAACAGAAAAUGCUUCCAACAAUGCUCUUAGCCCAACAACUGCGCACCAAUCUUCUCUCAGCUGGUCAGGAUUUGGAAGAAGAAUCUCGUCCCAGUUUUCCAAUUCUGCAAGAAGCUCGUUUUUGGAUCAGCUAGAUAAAGAUGAAGGUGAACCAUCUGCAAAAGUCAAGCCAUUGAUUAUCGUGGAACAAAAGGAAUCCCUAUUGUUGGGCAAUAUUCAGUUGUUUGGCUAUUUCUUGAUAAACAGAAAUGUCGUAGACGAUUCCAGAUUCGACGAUUUAAAGAAAAAAUCUACAAUUGGUGGGAGAAUAGCUGGAAUUCAAAGCUUGGAAUCCAGCAAGUCCAACUUGAAUGGGGGAUUGUUUUCAAAUUUAACCUACAUUUUAUCUAACAUCGAUAACUUGUUUCCUGUUUUUUCAACUGAGCAGUCUCUUUUAUUCACAGAAAUCACUUUGCAUCCUGGGGAAGUUAAACAAUACUAUUACAAGUUCAAGAUUCCCGAAACUUUGCCUCCAAGUUACAAGGGCAAUUUCAUCAAAAUCAACUACAAUUUAAUAUUGAACUGUGAAAAGUUAACCAAGAACUCACAGCCUAGGAAGUUAAAUAUAUACUUCCCCUUGAAGAUUUAUCCAUUUACCAAUCCUAAUCAAGUCCAACCGUUUUAUGAUUUGAAUAGUGAGUUUCUUAAUAACUUUAAAUAUUUAAAAUCCAGUAGAAAUAGAGGAGUAAUAGUAGAUUUGAAUGAUUCCAAAAAUCUAAGCUUAAACAGAAGAUCAAGUUUUAUUUCUAUAUCAAAUUUUAUAGUGAAUUCUAACCUUGCCAAUUCUGCUAAGAAAACAGAAAACUCGAAAUACCUAAGAAAUUCGAAUUCAAAUCAAUUAAAAAAAAGUUUUAUUAAAAAGAUCAAAAUUUUAAUUGAUGAUAAGGAUUUUAUCACUUCAGAGAAAAUUAACAAUUACAAAGAAGAAGACUCGAUAUUAAACGAUUUCAAAACCAAUACCUUUAAGGGGUGUUCAGAGACUCAAAAACUAUUCUACCCAUCAGUCUUAAGAAAACCGUUUCAAAGCCAAUUUUUAAUUAAAUAUAAUAAACAUUUUGUCUCCAAAUUAACAUUAUCAAAGUCUUAUUAUGAAAUUGGAAGUCAAAUCCACUUGAUAUUUGAUUUUGAUUCAAAAAAAUUAAACGAUGAUUAUUAUAAAGCUACAGGCUUAGUAGUGAAUUUUGAGUCAUUUGAAAAUAAUGAUAUCCAAAAUCAAAGAUUAUUUAAAGAAUUUGAGGAAUUGACAUUAAAUGAUGAGGUGCUUUAUAAAGAAUUUUCUCAAUUGUUGAUAUCAAAAAGUUAUUCUGUUAUUGAUUAUAAUCAGUUGAAUUUAUUUUUCACAGUACCAUAUAGUAUAUCGCCUCAAUUUGAGAGUAACAUCUUUAGAAUUCAAUAUUAUAUAAAUUUGAAAUUUAUAAUAAUUAAGAAAAAUGAUGAGAGGAUUCUAGAUGAAAUUUAUAACGACAAUAAAGGAGAAUUGUUUUUAGGGAGGGAUUCUAUAAAUGGAUUUGAGUUCAAUUGCAAAAUUCCAAUUAAUAUCAUCUCAUCAUACGAGGAUUUUGGUGGAACAAUUUAUAAAUAA